AGGUUUUCCCGGAAGUUUAUAAACACGUCUUCUAGAACGGGCAAAGAAGAGGAGGAAAAUAUGGAGCUCUUUGUUGUUUCGCCUAAUUUGAGGUUUAUUAAUCUCACCAUCGGUCUGAACUCGACUGUCAGUGAUCUGAUUGAUCAUUUUAUUACUAAAGAGGCUCUUUCUUUCACUGACUUUUAUGUGACGAGUAAUGGACGCAUAUCUGACAGUAAUGACUUGCUUCAGUCUGGAGUUGUUUAUCGCGUGGAGCCUCGAUUAUGUGGGGGCAAAGGAGGUUUUGGCUCUAUGCUAAGGGCCCUCGGUGCACAAAUUGAAAAGACAACAAACCGUGAGGCCUGCAGAGAUCUGAGCGGAAGAAGACUUCGGGACGUCAACCAUGAGAAACAAAUGGCAGAUUGGUUGAAAAAGCAGGCGGACCGAGAGGCAGAGAAGGAGCAGCGGCGCUUGGAGCGCAUUCAGAGGAAACUGGCAGAGCCGAAACAUUAUUUUACAGACACCGAUUAUGAACAGCAAUGCCACGACCUCUCUGAGAGACUGGAGGAUUCAGUAUUAAAAGGUAUGCAGGCUUCUUCUAGUGGGCUUGUGCAGGCGGGCGAAGGUCCGAGUCGCAAGCGCCCGACUCCUACCGAUAGUAAAAAGAAAGCAAAGAAGACAUGCUUGUGGACUGGCAUAGGGGGAAUGGAAGACAUGGGCUCUUCUGGUGAAAGCAGUGAUGAGGGCGACAUCGAAGCAUCUCCUUCUACCUCUUCCUCAGGCUCUGAAGCUUCUUGUAGCCAUGAGGUCCCCAAACCUGCUUCACUGACAUCCACCAGCAGGGAGCAGGACCGUACAGAACCACAGGAUCAACCCAGCAGCUCCUCUUGCAGUCCUGCACCCACCUCCCCAACACCCAGGCAGGAGAAGGAGGAGGUGCAGAAAGAGACGGAGAAGGAGAGUACAGAUGAGAUCACGCAAAACAGCACCACCGGAGAGGAGGAUGUGCCACAACCACAGAGAUCUCCAGUUGAAAGCCCCAGUCAGAUAGAGAAAGUGGUGGAAGGGCCACUGGAUCUGCUGUCUGUGAGUGGGGUGGAGGAGUUGGAAGUUUUGGGUCUGGAGAGGCUGAAAAAAGAGCUGAUGGAUAGGGGGAUGAAAUGCGGAGGAACGCUGCAGGAACGCGCUGCUCGUCUUUUCUCCGUACGAGGACUGACACCAGAUCAGAUCGACCCUGCCCUCUUAGCCAAACCUAGCAGGGGCAAGAAAAAAUAAAAAAAAUUGGGGGGGGAUUUUUGUAUCUCUAUUUUGGUUAGUAAAUGGUUUUUAAGAUUUAUUGUGUAAAAUGUAAUACUUGCAGCAGCUAUUUACAGAAAAAUCAUUAGUUUGUAGUGCAUAUUGAGCUAGAAAGUUUGUUUUUGUAUCUGGUCAGAUGUAAAUAACAAUUUUGAAAUGUCGAAGAGCUUUUUCAGUUUUUUGUAAUGCAUCUUGGACCUAUCCAACCAUUAAAUCAUAUCUCAGUUUAA